AUAUAUUAUAUAUAAUUUAUUUGUUUUUAAUUUUAUUUUUUAUUCUUUUCAUAUUUCUUUUUCUUUUUUGUUGUGUGUUUAUUUUUCUCUUUUAUCUUUUUAUUUUAUUUUUAUUUAAUCACCACAUUUUGUUUGGAUAUUUUUUCCUCUUUUUCUUUUUCUUUAAUUUUUAUAAUCUGAUCUUUUUUUUUAUUUAUUUUAAUUAAAAUAUCAAAAUAAAAACCAUUUUUUUUUUUUUAUUUUUUUAUUUAUUUAUAGCCAUUCUGUUUUGUUUUAUUUGUAAAAAUAAUAAUUUAUAAAAUAAACAGUGUUGUAUGUAAAAAAAAUGAAAAUAAUUUUAUCAUUAAUUCUAUUAAUUUUAACAAUUAGCUUUGUGAAAUCAGAAAAUGUAAGAAUAAAUAAUAUUAAAAACUAUAAUAAUAAUAAAUAUAAUAAUAAAUAUAAUAAUAAAGUAUCAUCAAGCAGUACCAAUGACGAUAGUUCAUUCGAGCCAAGCAACAACCCAUUCAUUGUUCAAUACAAUGCACAAAGAGGUCAAUUGGUUGGAGCAGAAGAUAAAUUAAAAGUGGGAUACUAUACAAAUUUUAACCAAAAGGAGAAUCAAGCAAAUGGUAUUUUUUCAAGUAUUCUCCAAGAAGAACAGCUAAAAUAUUCAAAUGUUGAUCCAGCAGCUGUUAACUUUUUUGCAGAAAAAGAGUUUAUUGAUAAUAACUCAGUUAUAUUUAAAAUUAUACAAAAAAUGCCAAAGGGAUCAGCUCUUCACAUACAUCAAGAUUCCUCUGCCACUUACGACUAUUUAGUUUACAAUGGAACCUAUUUACCAAAUUGCUAUAUUUAUAUUGUAAAGGAAAAUGAUAACGACCCUAGUAUCCUAAGCCAAAAUGGUACAUUCUAUUUCUUUAAAAAUACACCAACCGAUCCUCGUUGGAACUUACUCUCUGACUUAAGAGCUAAGUCAAAUAAUGUUUCUUCAUUUGACCAAACACUUUACACCUCACUCACUUUAAUCAACGAAGACUAUGGCAGUUAUGAACAACUCUGGGACAAAUUUGAUGGAAUAUUUGCAAGAGUAUCUGGGUUGGUCAAUUAUAUCCCAAUUACAGUAGGCUAUAUGACACAUCUUUUCCAACAAACUGUUCAAGAUAAUAUUCAACACAUCGAGCUACGUAAAACCCUUGGCACAAACUUCUAUGAUCUUCAAGGUAAUACCUAUGAUGAUGUAUGGUUCUUAAAUGUAACUCAACAACUUUUAGCAGAAUUUAAAACAAAAAAUAAUAUGCCAGAAUUCGGUUUAAAGAUUGUAGGAUGUGACCCACGUCAUACUUCAAACCAAUCAUUAAUUUUAGAUCAUAUGUAUUUUGCUUUAGAUAUGGUUAACAAAUACCCAGACUUUUUUGUUGGAUAUGAUUUAGUUGGUCCAGAGGACAACGGUUACAGUCUUUUAUACUUUAUCGAUCAAUUUGCCGAAAUCAAUGAAGAAAGUUUAAAGAGAAAAUAUCCCCUAAACUAUUAUUUCCAUGCUGGUGAAACCAUUCUUUAUAACAACACAAACCUUUAUGAUGCAGUUUUAUUAAAAACAAAGAGAAUUGGUCAUGGUUUACAACUCACAAAACAUCCACUCCUUAUGGAAGCUGUAUUAAAAGAUAAUAUUGGUAUCGAAGUUUGUCCAAUUUCAAAUCAAGUUUUAGGAUUUGUAUCAGAUAUGAGAACUCAUCCAGCUUUUGAUCUUUUAGAACAAGGUUUUCCAUUAACCAUCUCUCCAGAUGAUCCAGCCAUUUACAAUUACUACGGUUUAAGUUAUGACUUUUUCGAAGUUACUUAUGGAUGGGGUUUGGACUUAAAACAAUUAAAACAAUUAUGUAUUAACUCGAUUCAACAAUCAUCACUCUUUGAUCAAAACGAAUAUAAUACUUUAUAUCAAGCCUGGGAAAAUAAAUGGUUUGAAUUUAUUGACUUUAUCAUCAAUAAUUUUGAUCAAAAAAAUAAUUAAAAAAAAAAAAAAAAAAAAUAGAUAAAUUAUCUUUUUUUUUUUUCAUUAAAAAUAGAUUCUAAAUAAAAAUUAUUGUUUAACCCC